AGCGUGUUGGGUGGCCAGUCUGAGUCUGACACACACACGCCAACGAGACGAGUCGAGAUGUCUGCCAUGCGCCUCCUGCUGCUGUGCGUCGCCUUCAUUUGCCUCUCAGCUUUGACAAGCGGGGCAGACAUCCCCCCACAGCCCAACUGUAAGGCCCUUGUGAAUCUUGACUGCACGACUCGCAACAACCCUGUGUGUGCCACCGAUGGCCAGACCUACACCAGCGUCUGCUCAUACUGUGUGGUGAAGCGAGGUACCACCAGUCCCCUCUAUAUUGCCAAACAAGGAGCCUGUUGAAUCCACAGAGGAGCACCUGGAGGUCGGCAGAUCUUCACUCCGCUUUACACUUCACAAGCCCCAUUUGCCCCUCUGCUGACCCCUGCAUCCUUUUAAACUUGAAAUAAACAUUUCCUUCUAGCAUGAA